CCAAUUCUACGGCAAGCCACUGUGCCCACAAAAAACGUACAAGCGGAAGACGUGUCGUGUUGUACGCGCAGGCGCAGUUUAACCCAGGCGCCUCAGCUGUCAUUUCAUUUCACCCGUGGACUGUCCAGGAGGGCUGUCUCCUCUAACAUGGGGUUAAUCACAGGAGUGUUUGCAUUCUUGUACCAUCUACCGCAGAUCUACAAAUGGCUGCUGAAACCCUACUAUAUAAUUUCGCUCCUCAUGACCGUCGCUUUCCUGGUGCUCCGAAAGACUCCCGGACUGUGUGAGCACCUAGCGACCGACCGGGAGGACGGCAACUCCUGCGACUUCGACUGGAGAGAAGUGGAGAUACUCAUGUUUCUGAGUGCAAUUGUGAUGAUGAAGAAUAGAAGAGCAAUAACACUGGAGCAGCACAUAGGCAACCUGUUCAUGUUCAGCAAAGUGGCCAAUGUAAUCCUUUUCUUCAGAAUGGACAUUCGGCUUGGCAUCCUCUACCUUGCCCUGUGUGUAGCAUUUGUCAUGACGUGUAAGCCUCCUCUCUACAUGGGCCCAGAGUACAUAAAGUACUUCAGUGACAAAACCAUAGAUGAGGAGCUGCAGAGGGACGGUCGCAUCACCUGGAUUGUUGAGUUCUAUGCUAACUGGUCCUCUGACUGCCAGUCGUUCGCUCCCAUCUUUGCCAACCUUUCUCUAAAAUACAACUGCGCUGGACUCCGGUUUGGGAAGGUGGACAUUGGUCGGUAUGGAGAGAUUUCACAGAGGUACAGGGUGAGCACAUCUCCUCUGGCUAAGCAGCUGCCGUCACUGCUGCUUUUUCAAGGAGGACGGGAAGUUAUGAGACGUCCAAUGGUGGACAACAAAGGGAGAGCCGUGUCUUGGACCUUUAAUGAGGAGAACAUUAUUCGAGAGUUCAACUUGAAUGAGCUUUUCCAAAAAUCCAAGAAGCUGAACAAGAAGCAGAACUGUUCUCAGACAGAAGAGGGCAGCGAAGAGCCUCAGCAGGAAUCCAACGAAGUGGAACAGUCAACAGAGAGCAAGAAAGACCAAUGAAGGGAAUCAGCAAGCAACAGGAUCCACUCAGUUUUGUUACUUGUUGCAUUUUGGUUAAAAUUCAGAAAAAUUAUGGAAUGGAGUUAGGCUGGCUCAGUUCAGAAAGUACAGGGAGAAUCAAAGCCCAAAAAGCUGGAACAUGAACCAAGUCUUAAUGCAACACGUUUGUUAAAGUGUACCAAAAUCAAGAAGUGUGGGGACAUUUUAAGUUAUUCAAGAAAAUACAUUUUUAGGAUUUUUGUUUGAUUUCUUAGCUGCAUGUGAAUGUUUGCUACCUGUAUUCAUCAAACAGACUGUUUACUUUGUCAUAUUACAAAUCCAAAGUAAAACAAGACUCAACACA